ACCGCGUCCCGGCCCAAGAUGGCGGCCGCGUGCGUGAUGGGGCCGCGUUCCCGCCGGGGCCGGCUGGAAGCGGCGCAGCUGAGCCCGCGCGCGAGGAGCGAGAGCGGUGAGAGGCAGGCGCUUUAACACAUAUAUACCCUAAAGAGAUACAGAUAGAGCCGGUGUUUCUCUCCCUCCCGCCCGCCCGCCGGGGCCGCCGCAGCCCCGCCCCCCGCAGCCGGCACGAGGCCGCACGCGGGGCCGGGCUGAGCCGGUGUCCGCGCUGCGGGUGCGGGGAUGGCGGAGGAACGCGGCCCGUGCCAGCCCGGGCCGGGCCCGCAGCUGCUGCCGGCGGCUGAAGAUGGAGCAGCGAGCGCGGCCGGCGGGGACCGCGCGGAGAGCCCCGCGUCCUGCCCCGACAUCUACAGGUACACCAAGGGAGACCUGUUCACCUCCGAGAUCUAUAAAGUAGAAAUACAAAACCUCCCUAAAUACAUCGGGUUUAACGAUGUGAAAAAGUUUCUCGCCAAAUACGGUCUCAACCCUCACAAGAUCAAACUCUUCGGGAAGCAGACGUUCGCCUUCGUGACUUUUAAGAGCGAGGAGGAGAGGGAGAAGGCGCUGGGCGUCCUGCAGGGCGUGCUGUGGAAGGGCCGGCACCUGAGCGUCCGGCUGGCCAAGCCCAAGGCUGACCCGAUUGCCAAGAAAAGGAAGAAAAAGCAGGGGGCGAAGCAAGGAGAGGCGAAGCGGCCGGUUCCCGCCAGCGCUGAGGAGCCCCCGAGCAAGCUGAUCGCCGACGUGGUGACCCCCCUGUGGAACGUGCCCUACGAGGAGCAGCUGGCCAGGAAGAAGCAGGACUGCGAGGAGGUGCUGCAGAAGCUGGCAAAGGAAAUAGGAAAUAAGAACAGAGCUUUAUUUCCUUGGUUGGUCCUUCAGAAGCAGAAGUAUAAUAAAUUGUGUUGCCCAGUAGAGGGAGUGAAAGCAUCACCAUUGCAGACUGAGUAUCGCAACAAGUGUGAGUUCUUGGUCGGGAUUGGUGUAAAUCAAGAAGACAAAACUGUGGGUUGUCGUCUUGGCAAAUACAAAGGUGGAACGUGUGCUGUGGUGGAGCCAUUUGAUACUAUUCACAUUCCUGCUACUGCCAAAAAGGUAGUAAGAGCUUUCCAGGACUACAUAAGGUCAACUCCUUACUCAGUUUACAGCCCAGAAACCUACGAAGGUCACUGGAAGCAGCUCACAGUCCGUACCAGCAGGCAUGGCCACAUCAUGGCAAUUGUUUAUUUUAACCCUCAGAAACUAAGUAAAGAAGAGCUAGCUGACCUGAAAAUCUCUCUGGCAAAAUACUUCACAGAAGGGGUGGGAAAGAGCAGUGGCAUUACCUCUCUGUACUUUGUGGAGGAAGGACAAAGGAAAUCUCCCAAUCUAGAAGACCUGCCUUUGGAGCACGUGGCUGGGGAUAAGUACAUAUAUGAAGAACUUCUUGGCCUAAAAUUUAGAAUUUCUCCUCAUGCAUUUUUUCAAGUCAACACACAAGCUGCGGAAGUGUUGUACACUGCCAUAAGGGAGUGGGCACAGCUGAGCCAGGAGAGCACGGUACUUGAUGUUUGCUGUGGGACAGGAACUAUUGGGAUUUCUUUGGCAAAGAAGGUGAAGAAAGUGAUUGGAAUUGAACUCUGCCAAGAAGCUGUGCAGGAUGCCAAAGUGAAUGCCCAGAUUAAUGAACUGAAUAACAUUGAAUUUUACUGUGGGAAAGCUGAAGAUCUUGUUCCUUCCCUAAUUAAUGUAUUAGCUCCUCAGAACCUGAUUACUAUUGUAGAUCCACCACGAGCAGGGCUGCAUUCCAAGGUAAUUCUUGCCCUUAGAAGAGCUGAACAUCUGAAGAAGCUUAUCUAUGUAUCCUGCAAUCCCAGAGCUGCAAUGAAUAACUUUGUGGACCUUUGCAGGGCCCCUUCCAACAGAGUCAAAGGAGCCUCCUUCCGACCCAUGAAAGCACUGGCUGUGGAUCUCUUCCCUCAGACCACCCACUGUGAGCUACUGAUACUCUUUGAAAGGGUCGACUGUGCAAACGGGAGCUCCAGUGAAGCAAUGCCUGAUGCUGCUCAAGUCACUGCAGCAGGAUAUGACUCAGAGUGCUCAGAUGGCACCAACCCAUUGACCACUGAUGCCAGCCAGGAGACUUCUGUACAUGUAGAUACUGCACCUGAGGAGAUGCAAUCAAAUUAACUCCUGAGAGUCACUUUCCAGAAACUGCUUUUGCUUGUUAAUGGCUUCAAUGACAUUGUUUCUGUAACAUCCAGGUAAUAAAUCUCUGUUCAGCAGAGAAUUUGCAAGGCCCCCAAGUUAUUUCACUAUACUAGGUUGAGUUGAAUUUCUUCAGGUACAAUUAGGCCAAAUCCUGCAUUUUUCUUCCUGUUCUCGGGGGGAGCUUUAGGUGAGUGAAGUAACAUAGAUGGUGGUCUCACUCCUUAAACAGUUGAAAUGUAGCCUUAAGUACAGUAUUCCACAACCAUGAUCAGGUACAGCUAUUUGAAACUUUCAUGACUUCAACACAAGGCCAUACCUUCCAGUGUCAUACAUCACACUUCAAGUGUUAGUGAAUAGCUGCUGUUUAUCAACAACUGUCUAAACAGUGUUGUGCCUUUUGAAUGAGCUACUAAAAGUUUAGCAAUCUUAAACCUUCUAUAAAUCAUCAAUUUGCCACAUCUUUAGGAGGAAGCAGCCAACUCUUAUUCUAAUAAAAAUGUUAACAUUUCCACUCUUGAAAUCAGUUUUAUUCUGAGACUAGUGUCACUGAGAAUACAAUAAAGGCUUUCUUCUGUCAUUUCCUACAAUGUACAAGGCCAAGAUGACUUCACUCAAGCAUACCCUUACUAGUGAAGACUUAAUACUUCUUGCCAAGAUGGGUGUCCCUGGCUAGUGGCUGUACAGUUAAUUUCUGAGUGUAAGUUUUUAGGUUUUGCUAGAGGCUCAUUUUCCUCUCAGACUGUUAGUAAGCCUGCUCAGUGGAUACCUUCAGUCAAGUACCUCCCUAUGUUGCAAUGAUCUGCAGCUUUUUGAUCCUGCAGUAGCUUUAAAAGGGCUAACCUCAGCCUCAUGGAAAAUAUGUUUAUGGAAGAGUAAUGUCUAAUUCUGAAAAAUAUUACACCUCAGCUUACUCAGCCUUUGAGGUUAUAAUCAAGUAUACUUUUGGACACAGUGUUUCUUUGUACCAAACCUCUGCCAUAGAUCUUACCUCAAGUAUCUUCCCAACUGUUAUACUCAGAGCCCUGUGCAGUAAGAGAAAAAGGCAGUUAUUUAAUGCAAAACCUUACCACAGCAAGUACUGCAGGCACCCAGGUCAUGUCCUUAACUAUGAGGCUCAGCACCUUAAGCUGCACUUCCAGGGUUUGUGGAGGCAAACCUAGUGGACACUCCUGCCCUUGCACAAGUUGCUCUCCAGUCAGGAUUCAUAUCAGAACAGAUACUCAGCACCUGGCAAUAACUUAACAGAUUGUGGUCCAUGCAACAGAAUACACAAUUAUACUGACUGUUAGAAGGAAUAACCAUUUUAAACUUACUGAUCAUACUUCUAAUGUACAUUUAAUACAGACUGAACGAAGUAUCUGUCCUAGCACAUGGACAUGCUGGUAGCCCUUCCUUUCCAGUUAGGAAGGUGUGUGACAACAGGCACCAAACCAAACAACUUAGGGCUGCAUCAUUCAAGUAAAAAUACAAAUUCCAAUUAAAUAAAACGUUUAAAUUCCAUUUCAUUCCAAGUGAUGUCUAACCAUGUAAACAUUACAUUCUUUACCAAAAAAGUGGUACUUCUGUAACCAAUGAGCCUGUACUGAUUUAAUUUCUAUUUGAAAAUACCUACAAGAAUCAAUAAAUCAUUUUCUUUUCUAAA